UUCAACUCAAUCAUACCUAUUUAUCCAUUCAAAUGUCAUUUCACUAUAAUUUCCCUUUCUUAUUCCAUGGCUGCUGAGCUUGAGCUUGGAUUCCAAUACCCUUCUUCUUUGCCUCAUCUAGCCGAAAUAACUCGAGACGGGCAGAAUCCGAACAGUCUAAACCCUAUGCAAAUGCCUGACGUUGUUGUUGAUGAUGACGACUCGUGGGAAGUCCGAGCUUUCGCCGAGGACACGGCUAAUGUUAUGGGAACUACUUGGCCUCCUAGGUCUUACACUUGCACUUAUUGUAGAAGAGAGUUUAGGUCAGCUCAAGCCCUAGGCGGUCAUAUGAAUGUUCACCGCCGUGACCGUGCUCGCCUCCACCAAGCUCCUCCAUCGUCGUCAAACCCUAUGAAACCCUCUUCCUCUAAUUCCAAUUCUUUCAUCAUCCCAACUCCUGAUUUUAAUGGUGGUGGUAGCUUGUGCCUUCUCUACCAAUUCCCAAACCCUAAUAGUAUUAAUGGUGGAAUCAAUACUCCUUCCACAUUAAAUGCUUACAUUCACUCACCCUCUUCUCUUUUCUCCAUGUCCCAUCAUUCCUUCAACACCUUCUCGCCAUCCUCGACCUCGUUGUCCCCGGCUUUUCCAGUGAACGACGACCACCGUCUCGAAACGAGUACUUUCUCUCAAUCUGAUCAACAACACUUCUCAUCAACAUCGACCAUGGAAAAUAAUGGUAGCCAAGAACUUGAUCUCGAGCUUAGACUUGGACAUGGUCCACCUUCUUCAACUCAAACUCUAAUGGAAAAGGGACAGAAGAUCUCUAAUUUAGAAGCUGCAUGUUUGAGGAAGAGAUCAUCAGACUGAUCAAUUUGUAAGAUAUAUACAUUUCAUCAAGCUCUUUUUUUUUUUUUUUUUCAAUUUCAUUUUUUUCUUCUUUUUUGGGGGG